AAAACCGGUAUAUUUUGUAGCUAAUAGAUAUGUAGAAAGUUCUGGUGGACUUGAUUGGAUGACACAGCAGAUUACCUUGAAGCAAGGGUAGAUCUACAGUAUUAAUAAAUGUUCCGCCCAGAAAAGUGCAUGCAGUACAGUAGUAUCUUUAAGUAAUGUCAUGGUGGGCGCAAUCGACUGUCAGAGGUGGGACAUAUGCUGUACGAUUACUACUCACCUGUACAGCUGUUGAUUUGCUUGUUCCGGCGUUUACGGAUGAAAGCUUGUCGACUGUCUACUGUAUGAGAACAGGACAACUAUUUCCAUCAGGUCUCACAGACAUAUUUUCUUUUUCACUUUGAAGACUUGGGACCAAAUAUUGAAUGCUGCA